UCGCCAAUCUCUCUCUCUCUCUCUCUCUCUUUCUUUCUUUCUUUCUCUCUCUUCUGCGGAGCGGUGAUUCGAUCGGACCGAGCGGCGACCGGCGGCGACGACGACGGCGACAUGGCCUCGCGCGACAAGAAGCCGGCGAAGCCCUCCGGCAGCCGGUCCGGCGGCAUCCGGACCCUCUCCGAUCUGAACCGCCGGUCCGGCCCCGACUCCGACAGCGACUCCGACAACCCCCAGGAGUACUACACCGGCGGCGAGAAGAGUGGGAUGCUUGUGCAAGAUCCUUCAAAAGGCAAUGAUGUGGAUUCAAUCUUUAAUCAGGCUAGACAAAUGGGUGCUGUAGAAGGUCCUAUAGACAACCUGCUUCCAUCUUCAAGUUCAAGGAGCUUUACUGGAACUGGACGACUACUUUCAGGAGAAACAGUGCCGUCAGCUCCUCAGCAACCUGAGACUGUCAUUCAUAAUAUUGUUUUCUGGAGCAAUGGGUUCACUGUGAAUGAUGGCCCUCUAAGGAGAUUGGAUGAUCCUGAAAAUGCAGCUUUCCUUGAGAGCAUUAGGAAGUCUGAGUGUCCAAAAGAGCUUGAGCCUGCCGACAGGAGAUCCUCUGUUCAUGUGAAUCUCAUAAGGAGGGAUGAGAAGUGCCCUGAACCAGAAAAGCAUCACGUUCCAUUUCAGGGUGUUGGAAGAACACUAGGAAACAGUUCUACCCCUGCAAUGGCAGCGCCUGAGACCGCCCCUGCUUCUGUUGACAGUGCUCCUACCCCAUCAGCGGGCCUGGUUGUGGAUGAGACAAUGCCAUCAACUUCGAUUCAGCUUAGAUUGGCGGAUGGAACCCGGAUAAUUGGACGUUUCAAUCACCACCAUACUAUCAGGGACAUCCGUGCCUUCGUUGAUGCAUCUAGACCUGGGGUUUCCAGGACUUACCAACUGCAGAUGAUGGGAUUUCCUCCCAAGGUCCUGACUGAACUCGACCAGACAAUAGAGCAGGCAGGCCUUAUCAAUUCAGUUGUCAUGCAAAAGUUCUAGACCCUGCCUCUAACAAGAGUACCGAGGAGGUGAAUAUGCUGGGUGUCGGUUAUGUCGUUGUGGCUUGCUCGUGUUGACUCAGUAUACACUUUUGAGGCUGUGAUGAAUUUCAGAAUAACUCACUAGUAUUGCCAAAUUUGUUGCGUGAUGUCAUUUGCAUGUUCUGUUGGUUCUGUUCCUCGGUGUAA